AUGGCAGAACAGCGUAUAUGGAUUGAAUGCCGCUAUGAGAGAAUCCACAAGUUCUGUGUUCGGGGUGGGCGAUUGGGUUAUCCAUUCACAAGAUGCCCAAUUAUCUCAGAUGCAGACCUAGAUGCUUUUCUGGAUUGGUAUUUUUUCAACAAGGCAGCUAGAAACGGACGUCCUCUUCUCAAGGAUGAACAUCAGAAAUUGUUCAAAGAAGAGAUACGCGCUCAUGCCCGUAAGAAUUCAAAACGCUCCUCUAUUAUCUUUGAUGCUAAGCGGGCUUACUACACUCAGAUUGAUGAAACUACAAUUAAGAAUGGUUUUGAGAUUGCUAUGACAUGGAUCCAGCAAUACCUAAUGGGGGCUCAUCUGCCUAAUGGUCAUCUUGAUCAGAUAUCACAUCAGAAUGGUUUUCAUAUCCCUUCUCAUGCGCCUUCCCCUGUCAAUAGUAAUGGAUCUGAUCCUCCAAAUGGUUAUGGCUCGAUUCAGCUGGAUUUAAGGAAAUCAGAAAACUCCUCCCCCAAUUCAGAAUACCACUAUUCAUCUCCUGAGUCACCACCGUCCAAUUCCUCUCAAAUUCAGGUGGUUCCUUCUCAUGUUCUUCCUGUUUUACUUAAUUCUUCUACUGAUGUGUUCAUAGGAAUUGGGGCCAACGAUGAAGUUCUGUUCCGGGACAACAAUGAUGAUCCUAUAAUCAAUAAGGAGGGUCUGAUUCAAGAUGGAAACAGAGAUCCAACUAAUCCCGGAAUAUACUCUAUCUCGGGAAGCUCUUCAUCCGAUGAGUCCGUUGGGUCUCCUGAACCCUAUAAUGUGAUUCAAUUCCCUCUGAAUAUUCAACCUUGGGAGCAAGGCUCUACUUCUAAUCCUAUACAACAGGCUUUCUACAGUAGAGAAGGGGCCCUUCAUACUCAACGUCUUACUACUCAAUAUUUCGACUGGCUUAAAGAGAUUGGUCAUGAUACUAAUAUGAUGGAACGUCACUCAAUAAUGUGGGAUUGGCAGUUGAUGCGGGAAAGGAAAUUACAGAAUGGAGCCCCUUUGUUCGAUGUUGGGAUUAAUCUUCUUACUUCUGCUGAUAAUUUCGAAUGUCCAACUGCUUCUGUUUCCCAGCCAUUACGUCCUCCCCUCCUUGGUUUGGGGCCUCAGAUCUUUGCAUUACUCUCAGAUGAUGAAAGUUCCAAUACUCUAGCUAAUUCUCGUGCAGUCCCCUCUAUUCAGUAG